CCCACUGCGACUAAUCCCGAAGGCCAGAUUGGAGCCAAUCCGGCGUACACUCCAUGGAGGAGACAGGACCGACUUCUCUACAGCUCUCUUAUUGGAGCCAUCUCCACCCCACUACAACCGCUCGUUUCUAGCGCUACCACAACGGCUGAAAUCUGGAACCUUCUGUCUCAAACCUUCGGUAAUCCCACCCGUGGUCACAUACGACAACUCAAACUCCAAAUCCAAUCAUCUGCUAAAGGUACCAAAACAAUCUCUGAGUAUCUCAGGAGCAUCAAAGUCACAACCGAUGAACUGGCGCAACUUGGAAAGCAGAUGGACCCUGAAGACAUCACUGAAUAUGUUCUCAACGGCUUACCUGAAGAUUACAAGUCCGAGAUCGAUGCUAUUCAUGGUAGAGACACCACGAUUUCCUUUCCUGAACUUCAUGAACGUCUCCUGAACAGAGAAGCAAUGAUUCUCUGCAAAGCUCCGGUAUCUUCACCAGUAACUCCUAUCACUGCAAACGCUACAGACGCCCGCUUCAGGAACAACAACAAUAACAACAACCAGGCGUGGAGAUCUAACAAUCGCAAUUUCAGUGGCAGGAACUACACCAACCAGAAUCAUAAUCGAUCAUCCCGUCCAUAUCUCGGAAGAUGCCAGGCGUGUGGAACACAGGGACACAGUGCUAAAUUUUGUCCUCAAUUUCGUAUUGUUCCUGGUUCAAGCUCAGCACAGCAGUGGAACACAACUCAGCCAUGGCAGCAAGCUCCUUAUCAACAAUCAUGGCAGCCACGAGCAAAUGUAGCAAUGAUGAAUGGUGACUCCUCCACAUGGCUGCUUGACUCGGGGGCUUCACACCACAUGACGUCGGACUUAGCAAAUCUAUCUCUCCAUACCCCUUACAACGGUGGUGAUGAUGUGAUUCUCGGCGACGGCUCUGGUCUCAACAUUUCACACACCGGUACGCGAUCUGAACACGGGGGCUCUUCGACUGGAAGGCCAACCUAAGGGAGGAACUUAUGUCUGGCCGAAACCUCAGACAUCAACUCCACCAUCUUUAUCUUAUGCUUCUGCUACUUCUACUACUUUAUCGGAUUGGCACUCUCGUUUAGGCCAUCCUGCUUUUCCUAUUUUAAAAACUAUGCUUUCGAAAUUUGGUUUACCUUUGUCUUCAAAUGUUUUAUUGACCAAGCCGUGUAAUGCUUGCUCUAUUAAUAAGAUGCACAAGUUGCCU